GAGAUGAGGAACUGGAGGCCAGAGCCUAAGGAGGAGACUGUGGAGACCGACGAGGAGGAGGAGGCUGUUCAAGAUAGCAAGGAAGAUGGGCCUGUGGAUGAGGAAGCGGCUGCGGAGGCCAGCUCGUACCAACCGCCUCAGGACAAGACGACUAUCUUCCUGGGAUACACCUCGAACCUCAUCUCUUCCGGUCUGCGUGAGACGAUCAAAUACCUGGCCAAGACGAAGCAGGUUUCAUGUAUUGUGACUACAGCAGGAGGCGUCGAGGAGGACUUCAUCAAGUGUCUUGGACCGACCUACGCCGGAGACUUCAACCUCCCCGGAAAGGAGCUACGAUCGAAAGGUCUGAACAGAAUCGGCAACCUCCUCGUUCCCAACGACAACUACUGCAAAUUCGAAGACUGGGUGAUCCCAAUUCUCGACACCAUGUUGGAAGAGCAGAAGACGACCGGGCGCAUCUGGACGCCAUCCGCGAUGAUCCGUCGCCUGGGAAAGGAGAUCAACAAUGAGGAGUCAGUCUACUACUGGUGCUACAAGAACAACAUCCCUGUCUUCUGUCCAGCAAUCACCGACGGGUCGUUGGGAGACAUGAUCUACUUCCACUCCUUCCGCAACCCAGGUCUCAUCGUCGAUAUUGCCCGCGACAUCCGUCUCAUUAACACCAUGGCCGUCCGCGCGGUCAAGACAGGAAUGCUUAUCCUCGGUGGAGGAGUGGUUAAGCACCAUAUCUGUAAUGCGAACUUGAUGAGGAACGGUGCGGAUUAUGCUGUCUACAUCAACACUGGACAGGAGUUUGAUGGAUCGGAUGCUGGAGCGAGACCGGAUGAGGCAGUUAGUUGGGGAAAGAUCAGGGGUGACGGGGCUAUGAUGGAGAAGGUGUACGCGGAUGCCACGAUUGUUUUCCCGUUGAUUGUUGCGGGAACUUUCGCGAGGCAUGAUUAGGAGUCAGGACGGUGGAGUUCGAGGUAUGGAGGUGAUGGCUUGGACAGAGCAUCUGGCGUUCGCGGGUGGAGGAGGAAGUGUUAGUCACGGCACAGCCCCUAGAAUACAAAGUAGAUAAACACACUCAGUUCAGUCCUAG